CAGUUAUGUUGGUCCGCAAAAUAAGCACAUUUGGUGGAGCAGCUAAAACGUUUUCGAAAGUCGUUCCGAACAACUUAAAAGGAAAAAGCAAAAGCUCGCAAGAAUGGCUUACCAGACAGCUGCGGGAUCCGUACGUAGAACGGGCAAAAAUGAUGAAUUACAGGUGUCGAAGUGCAUUUAAACUACUGGAACUGGACCAAAAGUAUGGGCUCAUUAAACCGGGCUAUACGGUGAUUGAUUGUGGUGCAGCACCGGGUUCCUGGACACAAAUUGCCGUCAAGCAAGCAAAUGCCGACGGUAGUAUGCCGGGUAAACCGAAGGGUACAGUUGUUGGGGUGGAUCUUCUUCAGAUAUACCCUAUAGAGCACGCAAUUCUGUUUGGCAACAGUGACUUUUUGCGCAAGGAAACGCAGGACAAAAUCCGGACCACUCUCGGUGAUCGACGGGUUGAUUGUGUUCUGUCCGAUAUGGCACCCAACGCAACCGGUGUACGGUCGUUGGAUCAGGAAAACAUUACCACGCUGUGCUACUCUGUGCUACGGUUUGCGAUACUGAUGUCCACACCGAAUGCAUCUUUACUGAUGAAAGUCUGGGACAAUGGGGAUGUUCCGAAACUGGAGAAAAGCAUACUGGAAUACUACCAAACGGUCAAGCGAGUGAAGCCACGGGCAAGCCGUGAUGAUUCAGCGGAGAAUUUCAUCCUAGCACGUGGUUUUGUAGGCAUAGAGAGAUAA